AUGACAAUUAAUUGUAAACCGAACACACCUGAAUUCAAUGGUGGAAAGCAAAUAUGUUGGAAUUAUUGGUGUUACUUUGGUCCUUGAGUUGAGUGUGGUUAUUAUUAUGAUCAUCAUCGAAUUCCUGGGAAACUUCACACCUCCACACUUACUUCAUCUCAAUUCACUCAUCUCUUUGGGUAUUGCUAUCAUUAAUUUCCAAAGACUCUGCCUAAUAUUCACCAUUACCAUUACCACACAAUAAUGAGUUUUCAUUCACUUCACCUUCCUUCCUUCCAUUCAUUUUUACUGCUAUUGCUCCAAUGCCCUUCCUCAAUGCCACCUCCCUCGCCUCCAUCCUCGAAUCAGCCCUCUCGACUCACUCCUCCACCCUUGGCCGAGCCACCCAUGCCCACAUAAUCAAGACCCUUCACGCCCCACUCCCUUCCUUUCUCUCCAACCACCUCAUCAACAUGUAUGCCAAACUUGACCUUCUAAACUCAGCUCACCUCAUUCUCUCAUUCACCCCAACACGCUCUGUCGUCACCUGGACCUCCCUCAUUGCCGGUUCUGUCCAAAAUGCUCAUUUUGCUUCUGCUCUACUCCACUUCACUGACAUGUGUCGUGAGGGCAUUCAACCCAAUGACUUUACCUUUCCUUGUGUGUUUAAGGCCUCAGCUUCUCUUCGUUUGCCUGUUACUGGAAAACAGCUCCAUGCCCUUGCGAUGAAGGCCGGUCAGAUAGGUGAUGUCUUUGUUGGUUGUGGUUGCUUUGAUAUGUAUUGCAAAACAGGUUUUUGGGAAGAUGCAACCCAAGUGUUUGAUGAAAUGCCUCGUAGAAAUAUUGUAAUGUGGAAUGCUUGUAUAUCAAAUGCUGUUCUUGGUGGGCGGCCUAGAACUACUAUUCACAAGUUUGUGGAGUUUCUGGGUGUUGGUGGGGAGCCGAAUUCGAUCACUUUCUGUGCAUUUCUCAAUGCCUGUUCGGAUACAUUGAAUUUGGAGCUUGGACGACAAUUACAUGGAUUUGUGAUAAGAUAUGGAUUUGGAAAAGAUGUCUCAGUUAUGAAUGGGCUCAUAGAUUUUUAUGGGAAGUGUCGGGACAUUGUGUCUUCAACAAUGGUUUUUGAUAGAAUUACUCGUGGAAAUGAUGUAUCUUGGUGCUCUAUGAUGGCUGUUUAUGUUCAAAAUGAUGAGGAGGAAAAGGCCCUUGAGAUCUUUCUACAGUCUAGGAAAGCAGGAAUUGAGCUUAACGAUUUCAUGGUUUCAACUAUUCUAAGUGCUUGUGCUGGGCUUUCAGGGUUUGAACUAGGCAGAUCAGUCCAUGCUCUUGCAGUUAAGGCUUGUGUUGAGGGAAACGUCUUUGUUGGGAGUGCACUUGUAGACAUGUAUGGAAAAUGUGGGAGUGUUAUUGAUGCUCAACAUGUUUUCAAAGAAAUGCCUCAAAGGAACUCAAUCACUUGGAAUGCGAUGAUAAGUGCACAUGCUCACCAAGGACAUGCUAACAUGGCUUUAGCAAUGUUUGAGGAAAUGAUGUCAAGCAGUAGUGAGACCAGACCGAAUUAUGUUACGUUUGUUUGUGUAUUAUCCGCCUGCAGUAGAGCGGGUGCUGUACAAAAGGGUAUGGAGAUAUUUGAGUCGAUGACAACAAUAUUCGGGAUCGAACCAGGUGAAGAGCAUUAUGCAUGUGUCGUGGACUUGCUGGGGCGUGCCGGGUUGGUAGAGCGUGCAUACGAUUUUAUCAAGAAAAUGCCAAUGCAGCCUACAAUUUCAGUUUGGGGAGCUCUUCUUGGAGCUUGUAAAAUGUACAAGAAGACAGAACUAGGCAAGAUUGCAGCUGAUAAUCUGUUUAAACUUGACCCCAACGACUCUGGCAACCAUGUGGUGCUUUCUAAUAUGUUUGCUGCUGAUGGCAGGUGGGAAGAAGCCACUCUUGUGAGAAAAGAGAUGAAAGAAGUUGGGAUCAAGAAAGGGACAGGCUACAGUUGGAUCACUGUUAAGAAUGCAAUCCAUAUCUUCCAAUCUAAGGACACCUCCCAUGAAAGGAACUCCGAGAUUCAACGAAUGCUAACCGAGUUAAGGAAGGAGAUGAAGGAGGCAGGCUACAUUCCUGACACCAAUUUCGCUCUGUUCGAUUUAGAAGAAGAAGAGAAAGUGUCAGAAGUGUGGUACCAUAGUGAGAAGAUUGCGCUCGCCUUUGGCCUCAUAGCUAUUCCUCCCGGUGUACCUAUAAGGAUCACAAAAAAUCUUAGGAUCUGUGGAGACUGUCAUAGUGCCAUAAAGUUCAUCUCAGGUAUUGUUGGGAGAGAGAUCAUAGUGAGAGACAACAGUCGGUUUCAUCGAUUCAAAGAUGGUGUUUGCUCUUGUAGUGAUUAUUGGUGAUUAUUCAGUAUUCUUUAUUAAAUAGCCAUAGAAAGAAAGUUGUCAUUUGAGAGCAUUCUCUACUUAGCAGAGGCGGCAAUCUCAUAUGACUUAAUCCAAGCUGAAAUUAGCAGCAGCUGGUGAAUUGAAUAUAACCAUGGCAGCCAAAGCUAAAGAGAAAAAAGUGAAUGAGUGUCAGGAAGGAACUACAAAAGAAUGCCGGAAACUACUACUAAAUCACAAGCACUUGAUGGGCUCGAAAAGACAAAGCUAACUGUUGAUGACCUGACUGAAACAUUGAAUGAAAUGGAGAAUAAUGUCAAAGCUUCUGAUGCAACAAAAAAAAAAAGAAAAAAGAA